AUGGAUUCAGCUCGUCCGACAGACCAGGACAAGAAACGGCAACACCAAGGCAGACAAGGCCAACCGUGGGGAAAGAGGCAGAGGACAAAGAAAGAGAAGCCUGUAAAAGAAGGCUCAAACGAUGAGGUUUUGAUUGCCGAUAUUCGGGCUCUGCUCGCAGCCCAGAAACUGUCAGAUGCUACAUCCGUAAUCGAUACGACGGCGGAAAAGACUGGCGACCCUCCUGCUGGCUCAGAUAUACUUGCUGCGGAAUCCUCGGUUGUUGAAACGAAGGACAAUGGACAAGAAGAAGUUGUUGAGGGAAAGAAGACGCCCCUGCCAGCACCAUUUUCCGAGAUCGAAGUAACGGUGCAAGAGAUAUCUUCAACUGGAGAUGGGCUUGCAACGCAUAGCAGCUCAAAUCAGAUAUAUGUGGUUCCUUUCACGGCGCCGGGUGACGUUGUCAAAGUGAAAGUAAUAAAGCAUUUUGAAAAGGAACGAUACUCUCUUACGGAUUUUCUGUCUGUCGUCACGCCCGGCCCUCUGCGGGAUGACAGCCGGAUCAAUUGCAAAUAUUUCAGUAAAUGUGGUGGGUGUCAGUUCCAGAUGAUGGACUAUUCAGAGCAGUUAAAGCACAAGAAAAGAAUCGUUGAAAAGGCAUUCAAGAACUUUUCAGAAUUGUCACCUAAGCUUGUACCGACGAUUAGGGACACCAUAGGAAGCCCAUUGCAGUACGGAUAUCGUACGAAACUCACUCCCCAUUUCGAUGGCCCACCAGGUCAUCUCAGCAAACAGGACAAGCGAAAUGGAGUGCGAAAUUUCUUUACCGAACCACCGCCUAUUGGUUUCAUGUUGAAGGGCCAACGAAAAACAUUGGACAUUGAGGACUGUCCAAUUGGUACUGAUGCGGUCAGAAUGGGUAUGAAGAGGGAGAGAGCGAAUGUCGUCAAGAAUUUGAAGACAUAUAAAAAGGGCGUAACAAUCCUACUUCGGGAGAGUACUGAAAGAGUGCAGAAUGACGAUGAAAAAGCGUCAACCACACCUGACGAUUCCAUCAAGGUUCAAGGACCAAAGCACACUGAUUUCAAGACAUGCAUUACAGACAACAAUGCUACGUCUACCGAGUACAUCGACGACUUCGUGUUUACCAACACCGCCGGAGCGUUCUUCCAGAACAAUAACUCCAUCCUACCAGAUUUCACUCAAUAUAUUCGAGAAAACAUUCUACCCCCACCUAGUCCAACCGCUCCGGCGAUCAAAUACUUCAUCGAUGCAUACUCUGGCUCUGGUCUCUUCACCAUAACUCUCUCAUCACUAUUCAAAACUUCGGUUGGAAUUGACAUCGCAGAGCCCUCGAUCGUAUCUGCCCGCCAAAACGCAGCGCUCAACAAUCUGCCACCAGAGCAAUGCAAAUUUAUUGCAGCAGAUGCUCCUAAACUUUUCAACUCCAUCCAGUAUCCCAAAGACGAGACCGUUGUCGUACUUGAUCCACCAAGAAAAGGAUGCGAUGAAAGCUUCCUGAAUCAACUGCUCAACUUUGCGCCUCGGAGAGUGGUAUAUGUCAGUUGCAAUGUCCAUACACAGGCCAGGGAUGUGGGCGUGUUGGUACGUGGUAUGAAAGGCUCGAAGACAAGAUAUGAGAUUGAGAGCUUAAGAGGUUUCGAUUUCUUCCCUCAGACUGGCCAUGUUGAAGGUGUGGCCGUGUUGAACAGGGUCGAGGUGGAUACAAGCACAUCUGCUACGAUCCCGGAGCCCUCAAGCUCGAAAGCUGGUGUUGAUAGCACAGAGACUGUGGAUGUGCUCGUGGAACAGCAGCCGGUCGAAAAUCAAACGGCAGCUACAUAA